AUGGCCGCGCCGGCCUCCCCUCGCCUGCCCAGCCCGCCGCCCAUGGCCGAGGACCAGCUGUCGCCCAUGCCGGCGUCGCCCGAGCGGCAGAAGCUGUCCAGCAACGUCGAUCACGCGGCGGCGCGGCGCAUACGGCCCGGGACAAAGGCCGACGACAUGGCAGAGGGCCCGCCGCUGGUCGAGCUGUCAGAGAUCGACUCGGCCUUCCAGCUCACCGAGCACCUCAAGGCGCUCCACAACGCCCUCACGCAUCCGUUGGGCGCCAACGGCAGGCUGCCCGUCGACAAGGACACGGCCCGCAGGCUCGCGCAGCCGCCGGAGAAUGUCGACAAGACGCUGUGGCUGUACGAGCUGUGCCGCUUCCUCACGCAAAAGGUCAACGCCAUCAUCGUCGCCCUCUUCUCCGACACGCCGCCGUGCUCGUCCGUGACGUGUCCGGAGAUGCGCGCGUCCGAGUGGCAGUACCUCUGCGCCGUGCAUGACCCGCCCAAGUCGUGCGGCGCCAUUGACUACUGCUGCCACACGCUCGACUGGGCCGCCAACACGCUCACCUCGCCCAAGCACUUUCCCUCGCGCCUCGCGCUCGGCGGCGACGCGUCCACGCAGCACUCGCAGACGCGCCAGCUGACCAACAUGUUCCGACGCGUGUACAGGAUAUUCGCGCACGCCUGGUUCCAGCACCGCGACGUCUUCUGGAACGUCGAGGCGGACACGGGGCUCUACGUCUUCUUCAAGACGGUCUGCGACGUCUACGGCCUCAUCCCCGAGGACAACUACACCAUUCCGCCCGAGGCCGAGGGCAUCGAGCCGCCCGCAGAGACGGCGUCCUCGCUGCCGCCGCUGAUCCUGAAGCGCGAGCCGUGCGACUCUGCGCCGCAGGACAAGGAGAGCGCCGUCAGCAUCGAGGGGCUCUCCGACCACACCCUCUCGACUGCGGGCACGACGAAGCGCCACCGACACUCGCCUUCUGUGGGCGCAACGUCCGUCACGACGGUUGUGGAGGAGGCCGAAGAGGAGGACGACCAGUCCGCCAAGGAUGCGGCGAGGGGUGUCACACACGUGUGCGAGCCCACAGCAGAAGAG